AUGCUCAUUGAGACGAACGGCUGGCUCACCUCCUUCACCGCAUCUCAGACGGAUGAGUUUGACGCAAAAAAUCAUAAUGGAAAAAUGCCGACACGAUCUUUGCCGUAUGGCUCGCAAAUGCUUGCCUAUCUACAGUACCUAGAGACCAGGGAGAAAAGGCAUCUAACCAGCCGCAAAAAGCACAAGGAUAAGGUAUCCAUCUACUCCGUUUCUUUCAUGGUGGAGACCGCCCGGGUCCAAGAUCCUUGCGGUCGCCAAUUUACGCUGCUUGUAUGGAAGAUAGUCAGGUACUCCCGUUUGAGUGACAGACAUGGCCAAGUACCAAUUUCGUGA